AUGGACAGCCUCCUGAUGAAAAGGAAACUCUUCCUCUACAACUUCAAGAACUUGCGCUGGGCCAAAGGCCGUCGUGAAACCUACCUCUGCUAUGUUGUAAAGCGCCGUGACAGUGCCACAUCAUGCUCCCUGGACUUUGGAUAUCUGCGCAAUAAGAUGGGUUGUCACGUGGAGGUGCUCUUCCUGCGCUACAUCUCAGCCUGGAACUUGGACCCGGGUCGUUGCUACCGUAUCACCUGGUUCACCUCCUGGAGCCCUUGCUAUGACUGUGCCCGGCACGUGGCCGACUUCCUGCGCACCUAUCCCAACCUGACACUCCGCAUCUUCACUGCACGCCUCUACUUCUGUGAGGACCGCAAGGCUGAGCCUGAGGGGCUGAGGCGCCUGCACAAGGCAGGGGCUCAGAUUGCCAUCAUGACCUUCAAAGACUACUUCUAUUGCUGGAAUACGUUUGUGGAGAACAGGGAAAAAACAUUCAAAGCCUGGGAAGGACUGCAUGAAAACUCUGUCCAUCUGUCCAGGAAACUUCGACGGAUCCUCCUGCCGCUCUACGAAGUAGAUGAUUUACGAGAUGCCUUUAAAAUUCUGGGACUUUGA